CAAAUGUCAGUUAGACAAGAAAGUGAAGAAUUUAUGGAUACCGAAAAACAUGUUAAUAAAUUAAAUAAAUUUAUUUUAGAAAAAUAUUAAUAUUAUUUAGACAGGAUCACAUUAAGUAUUACAAUGUCUGAUGACGCUGAGCAGCAGGCAGAGGAGAUAGAAGUUCUUAAAUCUAUUUAUGAAGGAGAUGAAAACUUUAAACAAGUUGAUGCUAAAUCCUAUCAAUAUAAGUACAUAGAGGGAGAUAAGUCAUUUAUAUUAGAAAUAUUAUGGGGACCCACAUAUCCCACUGAGAAGCCAAGUUUCAAUUUAGAAAUAUUUUAUAAUCAAAGUUUAUUACCAUCAGUAAAGGAUAAAAUACUUUCUAUUGUGAAUGCGGAAGCUGAUCAAUGGGUGGGAUGCGCAAUGACAUAUACCUUGUUUGAAUGUCUCAAAGAAAAGGUUUCAGAAAUCUUAGCUGAACAAACGGAGGAAGCCGUUGUUGCGAGAGUCGAAAAAAUUGCUAUUACUGAACAGACUGAAUCAAAGAAACCUGAGAAAAAGGAACAGAUGAGUAAAUCGCAGAAACGUCGAGCGUGGGACCGCGCGGAGAUCGGGCGCGCGGGCGAGCGGCCGCGCGGCUGGGACUGGGUCGACAUCGUCAAACAUCUCUCGCAGGCGCCGCACCAGCCCUCUUGACACUAAUCCGCUAUGCAUGCGCGGUCGAUAUUUCAUUUCCAAUUAUGAAUGAUAUACAAUCAAAAUAUUGGUUGCCUCCGAUCUUUAUAAGUACGAGAUCUUAAAUAAAAAUUAAUAAAGUUGCCUUCGAACGUUUAAUAAACUUUUUUUUUUA